UCUCAUGUCGAGUGCCAGAGUUAAUUGCGUACUUUUGUUUGUAGAGUCCCAGAUGAAAUGAAGCAUGAACGCUAAUGAAUGCAGGCUUUGUGUUUAUUAUCUGUUCACACUGCAACAGGCCCCGCUAAAGGAGAUGCAUACGUUAUGAAAAUUUUCCCUUUUAUUUUGCGCAACCACGUGUUUCCAAAUUAAUUUUGUCCUCUGAAUUCUUUGAAUUGUGCACAAAAUAACUUUCAAUGUUUUGCUCUGGGUUUCUGGGAUGUGACCUGGAUCUUUAAGGACCCCAAACUGGUUGAAUGAAUUUAGGGGGCCACUGUGGGGUGAUGAGGUUGUGCUGUUUCCAUGGAACCAAAUCCACUUGAGUCACAUGGCUUCAUACUAAUGAAUAUUCUGAACACCUCUUUCCAGACCAAACAGUUUGUUGGUCACUUUUGGCUUAUGCUAUCAGCAACAUGAGCCUAACGGGGAUCGCUCUGUCUCUUAACGGGACAGCCUCAUUGGAACCAGACGAGACAGAAACACAAGCCACUCUCUAUGAAGUCAAAGUGUUCAACAUCAUGCUUUCUUCAAUAGCUCUGUGCAUCCUGACAGUGACAGGAAUCAUCACCUGUAUCUCAUAUCAAAGACACAGACGGAAGCAUAAGAGGGCACGCAUCUAUGAGAGCGCCGUGUCCCGCGAGGUUCCCCAAGAGCCCGUGGGUGUUACUUGUGUGAAGAAAACCCAUAGUUUCCGUAACCCGCUCGGCCUCUUCAGACGACAGGAGGGGCCGAAGGACAACUCACGGAUCCACUACAUCUACACCAACCCUCUGCCGGUGGGACACGAGGAGGACCGGAUCCCCCCUCACACUCCACUCACGCUGCAGGACUACGCCAGCGACCCCAAGAGCGGCAUCACCCUGGUCCCGCCUAUUUUUUACAUGCAGCUGUAGAUAGUCCUGGAAAGUUAGCAUUUACCGUCAUGUCAUCCAACACCCAUAUCAUGUACUUUCUUACGUGGAACACAAAAAGAGACGUUUAGCAGAAUGUUCACGCUGCUCUUUUUCCUACUAUGAAAGUGAAUGGUGACU